CGACGAUUUCUAGUAAAUGAAAGCUAAAUUAAACUAAAAUAUUCUUGGUUAAACAUCUGAUAUUCUCAGCUGGAUAAACAUUUGAGAUCUAACAAGCAGUGGCAUUUCAGUACGACACAUUAGAGUGUGACACCGUGCCCCUUUUUUUUAUUGGACUAGCGUGGUCUUAGUGACAAGUAAACGCAAGUUCGGUAAUACUCAGGACAAGAUACAGUGUUUUUUCCGUUUAAGUUCUUCAAGUUAUCUUGUCCAACUAUAAGCGACCGGGAUAUGUUUUCCAGUUUUAGUACUUUUGAAACAGCUGCCGUUUAAAAUAGUUUAUCACAAUGUUACGGCUCUUUACUAACCGGGGCUUUUAUGAACUCUGCAAAUGCAGUCAGUUUGUUGUCAGGAGGCAGGUCAUCGAAUCUCUUCCAUUCAGCAGCGUCAGUUAUCACCAAGCAUCCAUCCUGACUCGUCGCUUCAGUACCGGGAGCCCAGUGUGGAAUGAUGCCUUCGAACCAAAAAGUAAUAAGCCAAACGAAACCGAGACAGUAGAUUUGGACAAGUGGAAAUCUGUAAUGAGAUCAAAAGCUGGAAUAGAGGAGAAACAAAAAGACGGUGAUGAAGAGGAAGCAAGAGAUGAUGAUGAAAGCCUUACAGAAGCGGGAGGUGACAGUUCUUCACUGGAGGCAUGUCGAAAUCUGGUUGAAAUGUGGAGGCUAGCAGGGAGGGUUGUACCUCAAGAGAUAACCGAUGAACAGCUUCAGAUGCUGGCAGGGCUCACCACCAAGACCUCAAGGAAGAAAUACCUGAAGUUCCUGGCCAUCAAGGAGCACCACAAAAGGGCCAAUAAAGAGAAGCAGCAGCAGAAGAAGGCAGAGAGAGAAGCUGCUUUGGAACAGAAAAGAGCUGAUGCAGAGAAUGAAGAUAAUCAAAGAGAGCAGGAACUGAAAAGGACAUUCCUCCCCACGUUUUGGAACCGCUCCCUGGACAAACUGCUGGCCUGGAGGAGCGCCCAGGCCAUGGUGUUCGGUCAACCACUGGUGUUUGACAUGAGCUAUGGCUCUCACAUGUCCAGGCAUGAGAUGUCCAGUGCGGUGUCCCAGAUGAUGGAGGCGGAAGGGUGGAAUCGGCGUGCCACUGAACCUUACCACCUAUACUUUUGCAACCUGCAGCCAGAUGGGGUCUAUAUGCAGGAGCUGCUCAAACGAUACGGUGCAGAAACCUGGGACCGGCUGCUUAUCACCAGCACUGACCGGCAGCAUGUCGAUCUGUUCCCCCGCGAGCAGCUCAUAUACCUCACUGCAGACUCCCCCAAUGUCCUUCGCACCUUUGACCACUCCAAGGUCUACAUCAUUGGAGCUAUAGUGGACCGGUCACCGAAGUCCGGCUUGUCUUUGGCCAGUGCCAAGCGUCUGAAGUUGGCCACAGCCCGUUUACCACUGGAUCACUUCCUCCACUGGGAUAUAGGAGCCAAAAAUCUGACUCUAGACCAGAUGCUUCGCAUCCUGCUCACUAUCAAGGACACUGGGAAAUGGGAGGAGGCAUUGAAGUUUGUGCCUUCAAGGAAGCACAGUGGCUUCCACCAAGAGCAUAGACAGAAAAACAUUGCCAAUAACAGAGUCAGGGGACUUGGAAAUCUUAGACCAACAGAGUAUGGUAAUGGGGCGUUAGGAUCUGGGAAAAAAAUUAGUGAAAGGACAUUCACAAAUGUUGAAUCGGGUGACAGAGGAAACAAACCACCUGCAACCAGAGUACGGACAUCACUUAAGAGCAACAUAGAGGCAAGAAAAAAUGCAGGCAGACGCAAGAUGUGGUGGGAUGACGAGUAGUCGACAAAAAAUUGUACAAUUAAUAAGGAUGUGUUUACAACCACUAUUUAAGGAAAUGUAAAAUCAAGUGAAUAAAAUGUUGUAAUGGUUAAUUACUGGU